AUGUCAAACGCUCAAGAAUAUAUAGAAUUAAAUUUUCCUAAAAAUGUUGUUGUAGAUAAGAAUUUAGAAGGACAUUUAGAUUUAUCAGAAUAUCCUAAUUUAAUCUGUGUAGACAUUGGAAUCAACUCUCGAUUGACAAGUUUAAAACUUGCUCACUCGAACCCAAUUACUUGGAUGAGCCUCUUUGAAGUUCAAGAUUUGCAAAGCCAGAAACAACAAAUUAUCAAUGAUCAACAAACUCCGAUAAACCAACUUCAACAAUUGUCCAAUAUAACCUUUCCUAAUAGUCCGUAUAAUUUCACUAAACUCGAACAGGAAAUUAUCCGACUUAAAGUCCAAGAAUUAGCACCGCAAGUAAGAAAUGAAAGCACGAAGCUGGCUCAGUUAAUUACUGAAACAAAAAGCAAAGCGGGCCAUUUUUCUCUUGUAGUUGACUUACUCUUAGAAAAUCAAAAGCAAAUCGUGCAAAGUAACGAAACUUCCCAGCGAGAUAAAUUUAGUGCCAAAAUGGAAGCUUACCAGACCAUUCUUAUAAACAAUUUAGCCGAAGAAGAGCUUCAAAAACUAUUAAACAAACAAACAGAAGUCUUGAAAUUAGAAGAGCACAUAGAAAGUUUACAACAAAAUCUGACCAGGCAAUAA